AUGCAAAUCUCAACAAUUCUCGCAGCUUUUGUGGGCACGGCGCCUGUGCUGACUGCAAUCUACCGCGAGGGAAACACCUGCACAGUGACGCCACAAGGGGCAGCGACAAUUAAACGACGAUCGCCCGCGCCAGAGCCAGCCGCAGCGCCGGGGCCACAGCCAGAACCGGUCUCUGACUAUAUUUCCGAGCAAAAUAUAGCCCAUGAACAGUAUCCGACCGACCGCACCGAUGCGCCGACGCCCACGUCCGUCAUCUACAACGAGGUGUAUCCGCGUCCGGAGCCGGGCAGCGACGGCGCGCGUCGAUACGACCGCAAAGCGGCGGCAGUUUCCGAGUCGAUAGCAGCGGCACGACAGGCAUCGGCGUUGGCCUCGGUGGCUGCCGUCAAGGCGCUUGCUUCGGCCAAAGCGAAAGGCUUCGCGGGCCAUGGUAGCCGGGGUCCGCUGAAUGCACGCGACACAGACAUCUUGGAGAGCACGGAAGGCACCGGGGAGCGUGCCACAUUCGAUGCCGCGGCGCCCGACGAUACGCCGCAGAUUUUGGCCGCGUUCAAGCAGUGCGGCCACGACGGGCGCAUUGUGUUCUCCGAGGGCACGUACAACAUCCGGCAGGUCAUGAACACGACCGACCUGCGCAACUGUGACAUUGACAUCCUCGGCACGUUUGUGUGGAGCGGCGACAACAUCCAGUACUGGCUAUCGCACAGCUACUCGGUGGCCUAUGCGGGACGGUCGACGGCGUGGUUGCUGGGCGGGACGAAUGUGUCGAUGCGCGGGUACGGUAAGGCGCUCUUCAACGGCAAUGGGCAGACCUGGAUCGACCAGAACCACGGGCAGAGCAACCAGAACGGGCGGCCCAUCAGCCUGACGAUUUGGCACGGCACUAACAUUUUCAUCGACGGCAUCACAUGGCGCAUGUCGCAGUUCUGGCACACGUUUGUGGCGCAUAGCCAGAACGUGACGAUGACGAACCUGGACAUGGACACGCACAGCAGCAACUCGAAUUCGGCGGUGAACACGGACGGCACAGACACGUGGAAUUCGCGCGAUAUUGUGAUUUCGAACUGGACGGUGAAAUGCGGAGACGACUGCAUCUCCGUCAAGGGCAACAGCACCAAUGUGCACGUAAGCAACGUUGUUUGUUACGAAUCCGGCUGCGCGUGCAUCGGCUCGAUCGGCUCCAACAGCGGCCAGCCCGACUACGUCGAGAACGUGCUCUUUGAGAACAUCACCUGCCACCACUCGUCCAACGCCGCCUGGAUCAAGACGUACCCAGGCACGGGCCAUGUGCGAAAUGUCACCUUCAAGGACAUUGUCGUCGACAACGUCGACCAGCCCAUCUAUGUCACGCCCUGCAUCUACUCGGGCAACGGCUGCGACAGCUCUCGCCUGACGAUUUCGGACGUCACCUGGAAGAACGUCACCGGCACAAGCCGAUACAACGUCGCCGUCGGCAUCCACUGCUCGUCGGCGGCACCCUGCACGGGCUUUCAUUUCGAAGACAUCGACAUCAAGUCCGUCGCGGGCGGCACCUCCAAAGUGCUGUGUUCCAACAUCAAGAACCAGGCGACCUCGGGGCUGACGUGCACAGAGACGUGUCCGGCCAAUUGGCCGCAGCAGUUGAGAGGAAACCGAUAG